CCACAACUUUUAUUCAAAUCGAGUUAAUCCACAUUUCUCUCUCUAUCUCUCUCUCUCUCGGCGACUGUUGCAGUACUGAUUUUUGUUCCCUCUAACCUAAAAUGGGACAGAGAGUUGAUCUAUGGUCUGAGGUCAUUAAAUCCGAGGAAGAAGACGGAGAUAUACCCAAGAUUGAAGCCGUUUAUCAGAGAAGAAAGAAACCUGAGAAAUCUUCCCAACCUGUAAAUUUAGGAUGGUUGGUCAAAGGGGCUCGUACUAGUUCGGUCAAUGGACCUAAGAGAGAUAGCUGGGCUCGUUCCCUUUCCACCAGAGGGAGAGAGAGUAUUGCAGUGCGCGCUUAUGUCAACAAUCAGCCUCAAAAGAAGCCAGCCAGGAGAAAUAAGCCCGCUAUUCCAAAGGGAAAAGUUGUUAAAGCUCCAGACUUCCAGAAAGAGAAGGAAUACUUUCGUGAUAUUGAUGCUUUUGAGCUUCUGGAAGAGAGUCCUUCUCCCAAUAAAUCUAGUACAUGGACCCUGGGAGAACAAGUUGUUCCGGAGAUGCCACAUCUGUCCACAAGAUUAGAAAAAUGGCUAAUUUCAAAGAAGUUAAAUCGUACUUGUGGUCCUUCGAGCACACUUUCUAAGAUACUUGAAAACUCAGCCACACACCAGGAGUCAACAUGUGAUAAUGAUGCCUUUGAUUCAUUGACUUCAGUUUUCCGGCUCAUCCCCAGCUGUGAUGACAGCUUGGCUGCCGAGGAUGUGCCUGUUAGAAAAAUCAAGAUGGAAGCAAUCGACCUUGAAGAUGAGCUGAAGCGGCUGUCUUUGACAUCUGAUCUAAUCCCCACUCAUCAAGAUUUUGAUCAGCCAUUUCUUGAUCUAUUGUCCGCCUGUGGACAGACGCAACCAUCAAACUUCAUGGAAGCAUUCUCUAAAUUCUGUGAACCUGAAAGCAUUGUCAAGAUUGGUGAAGGUACAUAUGGGGAGGCUUUUCGGGCUGGUUCUAGUGUCUGUAAAAUAGUUCCAAUUGAUGGAGACGUCAGGGUUAAUGGGGAAGUACAGAAGAGAGCUGACGAAUUACACGAGGAAGUGAUACUCUCAUGGACUCUUAAUAAACUAAGAGAAUGUGAGACUGAAGCUCAAAAUUCUUGCCCAACGUUCAUAAAAACUCAAGAUAUAAAAGUAUGUCAAGGUCCCUAUGACCCUAUACUGAUAAAAGCAUGGGAAGAAUGGGAUGCAAAACAUGGCUCUGAGAAUGAUCACCCAGAUUUCCCGGAAAAACAACGUUAUGUCAUGUUUGUUCUGGAACAUGGUGGCAAAGACCUUGAAAGCUUUGUUCUUUUGAACUUUGGUGAAGCCCGGAGCUUAUUGGUUCAGGUCACGGCUGGCCUGGCUGUUGCCGAAGCUGGUUUUGAGUUUGAGCACAGAGACCUGCACUGGGGAAACAUUCUACUGAGUCGUAAUAACUCGAGUACUCUGCCUUUUAUUCUCGAGGGGAAACAAGUUUUCAUCAAAACUUUUGGAGUGCAGGUAUCCAUAAUCGACUUUACUCUUUCAAGAAUCAAUACAGGUGAAAAGAUACUCUUUCUGGACCUUACUUGUGAUCCAUACCUUUUCAAAGGACCAAAAGGAGAUAAACAAUCAGAAACUUACAGAAAAAUGAAGGCAGUUACUGAAGAUUACUGGGAAGGAAGCUUUGCUCGAACAAAUGUUCUCUGGCUAAUUUAUCUCGUGGAUAUCUUACUUACCAAGAAGUCAUUUGAACGGUCUUCAAAAGACGAAAGAGAACUACGGUCACUGAAGAAGCGGAUGGAGAAGUAUGAAUCAGCUAAAGAGGCUGUUUUAGAUCCUUUCUUCUCAGAUAUGUUGAUGGACCAAAUAUCAUGAAGAAUAUAAUAAACCCCGUAAAUGACUAACCAGAAGCUCUCUCUCUUGUAUAAUUGUUGGCCUAGCCACUAAAAUCAACAGUAUCAGCUCUUGCUUCAUAAUAUUAUCUAAGUCCCCGUUAUCUAUAUACCAAUCUUGAUUUUCAUCUCUUCAAAUGAACACAAGAACUGAUAUGUUAGUCUUUUCUUGUAUGUGACAAUAGUUUAAUGGUAGCUUUUAUCUAUACUUUUGAAACCA